UCAGUCGUUGCUGCUGGGCUCCUUUGCAAAUGCAGUUGUCAGUACCUUUUCGAAGCAGACGAGAUCGCGCUCUUCUCCUCGCUCCCACCCAGGAUGGACAGCACGAGGCGCUUUCAUUUCUGCUCCUCGGAUGGCUUCAAGCUGACAUCUGUCAUGACUCAGUGGAGCUUUUCCCUAACGGCUGCAUUUGGUUUUCUGGUCUCCUUAACAAAGUCAUCUUGUACACAAGACCGUGCCUUGCAGUUUCUUAUUUCUUUUAAUAAAAAACCAGAAGAGUGCAAAGAGAUGAAUCCAAUGAAAGUUUGCUCUGUAAGGCUGAAUGACGGACACCUCAUGCCUAUGCUGGGACUUGGCACUUCUGCUCCUAGUAAGGUCCCGAAGAGUAAGGUAGAAGAGGCCGUCAAGACAGCAAUUGAUGUAGGCUACCGCCAUAUCGACUCGGCUUAUUUGUAUCAAAACGAGGAGGAGAUUGGGAGGGCCAUCUGGAAGAAGAUUGCUGAUGGCACCGUGAAGAGAGAGGACAUAUUCUACACUACGAAGGUGUGGGGAACCUUCUUCCGCCCAGAAUUGGUUCGAACCAGCCUGGACACAUCGCUGAGGAAGCUUGGGUUGAGCUAUGUGAAUCUUUAUCUCAUUCAUUUCCCAGUAGCUUUGAAGCCUGGGGAGGAAUUUAUCCCAAAGGACAAAGAUGGAGAAGUCAUUUUUGACACAGUAGAUCUCUGUGCCACAUGGGAGGCCAUGGAGAAGUGUAAGGAUUUAGGGCUGACCAAGUCCAUCGGCGUGUCCAACUUCAACCGCAGGCAUCUGGAGAGGAUCCUGAACAAGCCAGGGCUCAAGUACAAGCCAGUUUGUAACCAGGUGGAGUGUCACCCUUACCUCAACCAGAGGAAACUCCUGGAGUUCUGCAAGUCCAAGGACAUCAUCCUGACUGCAUACGCUGCCUUAGGGACUGAUUUUAGGAAGGAGUGGGUGAACAAGAACUGCCCCGUUCUCCUGAAGGAUCCGGUGCUCAAUGCCAUCGCCGCAAAGCAUGGGCGCACCCCCGCCCAGGUGGCCCUGCGUUUCCAGCUGCAGCGGGGCCUGGUGGCCUUGGUCAAGAGCUUCAACGAGAAGAGAAUUUGGGAGAACUACCAGGUUUUCGAUUUCCAGUUGACACCAGAGGACAUGGAAAGUCUGGACGGCCUAAACAAAAACAUUCGCUAUUUUCCAGAUGAAUUUGUUAAUCAUCCAGAUUAUCCAUUCUUUGAUGAGAAUUGACAGCGGUGUCUGGUUGCCCUGGAGUUCUUGGACUCUGGUUGAUGAUGGGCGAACAGCUCAUGGAUGAGACGGUAUCUGGUUCAUCCUACGUUGCUUAGCCUAACAGGCUGAAAUGUGGCUUGAGUCCCUGGAUCUGGAAAUAAAAGUCUCUAAACUCUGUCUUUACCCCCCCACCCAAAGUCAAUGAAAAUACAUAUCAAACAACCUAACCUUUUAAUACCUUAGCUUUUUAGUUUAUUUUGCUUUUUUCUGUGUCACUGAGGUUGAAAUGUUAAUCCUUUGAUCAUAGUCCCCUCC